CAAAGUAGAUGUGUGUCAGAUUGUCAAGUAGGUACUGAAGUCGUUCUGUAGUUUAAGACGUACAGUAGUAUCUUGGAUACAACAUGCUUAACGAAAUCUGCAAUUUGCAGAGCUUUACGCUCGAAAAGGUUUCUAUUGUAGCUUUUUGAGAUGGGCUCUCAAAAGAACAAGAUGUGAAAGAAAGUCCAUUUUUGUUUUAGAUGGGAACCAGAAGAGAUCGCCAAAUUAGUCCGAUUCCAGCCAAUAAAAGAGUUUUAAGAAUUAAGUCCCUUUUUGCUUUUUUCGCUGACUUAGGAUUUGAGCCAGCUUUUUUCUUCCUUUUCUUUCACUUGCUGCAUGCCUACUAUCCCAGCGACACGUCUAAAAGUGUUUGAAAGGGUACAGGACGAUUCAAUACAAUGGUCUUUGCUACAAAGUUAUUAUACAAAACCUGAUAGAAAUGAUGGAAUUAGUGUUGUAAGCAGUAAACGUCACCAUUACACCAAUGAAACGACAGUGACAACUGCAGAUACAGCAAAAAGAUUUAUCAAAAUAGUUUGCAUGUUCGACGAUAUCAAGGCACCUAAUGUACGUAUUUGUGCACAAUAUUCUGGCGGGCAGAAAAACCUAGAAUUGAACAAACUUGUUGCCGAGAUCAAACGGAUGCACAAAAGCGUCGCUUUUGAUCCAUACAAAUUCAUUGAUGACAUAAGUACUACUACUAUCAGUACCCUCAGAUUAUUGACCACUUAUUUUCAACUUGUUGCACGUUUAUCACAAGAAUUGAUCGUGUUGAACUUGUCGAUCUUAUUAGAAAGAAUACAUGAUAAUGUUUUGGAUGAGACACUAUUAGAACUAUUGUCACUCGGCGAAGAAAACAUAUGUAAAGCAUAUAUUGAAUCAAUGAGAGAAGAUAUAAUAAAGUCUUACUUUAUUAAGGAUGGAGAGCGCUUUUUACAGUGGAAGCAGCCUAUCAGUAUUGAUCGCGUGAAACGACUUUCUAUUAUUUUGACAUACUAUUAUGAGGUUAGAAUCUGUCACAAUAACCAAAACACCAGUACAAAACGAGAUCAGCUACAGUCGCUUUUGUUAGACUUUCUCCGUCUUCAAAAAAAUGGUCUUGCAGAAUAUUUCACCCAUGGCAUUUUAACUACGUCCACUCUCAUAACAGCUUCUAUGAAGCAAAUAAACAAAAUAAAAUAUCAGCUCAUCAAUACCUUCUCUAAACAGCAACAUAUGAAUGAUACGCUAGUGAUGAGGAUCCCUCUAUUUCUCCUAGUAUCUCAGUGGUUUUAUGAAUUUUCUGACGUGCAGCAGCAGCAGCAGCAGUCUGCUAGUUUUAGUACCGCGACUAAGAUGGAUGAAGAGAUUUUAAGGCUUACAGAGUUCAUACUAUAUAUCAUACAACUGAAUCAAACAGUGUUAGAUUCCAUUAUACCCAAUUUACAAAAAAUUUCACCUAUACCGGCCGUAGAUGAUCUAAUGGAUCCAUCUUUUCUUUUAUACACUUUCUAUUUCGGCUGUCAACAACUCGUAAGUCAAGGAAAAGCGAUAGUACUAAUUUCAAAUUCAAUGGACGUUAUCAAGAAUUCAUUAAUGCUUAGCCUCGAGUUUGAAGAUGCUACAGUAGAAGAAAACGAUAACCCCCUGGCAUCAACGGCUUUUCUCACAAUAGCUCAGUUUGCUUUGCAUCAGAUACACAACAGUACAGGGCUCACUUACGCAGACUGGUUCUCAACUACUUUAAUCCAACCUAGUACUUCUAUCUUUAACAAAUUGAGUGACAGUUCAUCAAAUGUACCACAGUCGUUGACAAACAAAAGAAAAAAAGCAUUUAUCACUUUCAUGCACCACUUACAACGCAUGAUUCCUCAUGAGUCUCUUCCAGCUAUCCUACAAAUACAUGGCAAAGUCAUAUCGCAAUGGAUCGAAGAAUCCAACCCCAAGAGUAAAGAAAUAAUGUACAGUUACCUAACAGCAGUACGGAAACGGUUAAAAGAUCUAGAUUGUCAGAGUACUUUAGAGCAUAGUCCCGCUCAAUUGUCCACUCCUAUAGCUUCUGAUGCGAAUCUGCUGAAACUGUCUGAAUAUGCUUCGACGGAAAAGAUAGCAACGACAUUUUCAUCACCUAAUGCGAAAAAUCAGCAAUCUAUCGAAAAUAGAACAAUAGAGGAUAUUUUGACAGAGUUCAUAAAGAAAGAUUGUAAGGUGGUACCAGCUCCAAUCAUGCAGGCAUCCAUCUUCAAGCAAUUAUGGUUUAGAAACACAUUUUUACCAAAGAUAAUCGAAUGGCAAGGACCUUGUUCUGGUAGAAAUAUGAACGAUCAGAGUCGGAACGAGCUCUUGGAGGCAAAAUACAAAUUUUUGACAGCCUUGAAGCUGAAGGGAAAAAUACCAGAUUCAUUAUUUGAAAAAUAUUCUUUACAGUCAGGGGCAAAGGUUAAGAAAGGAAGGCGCAAAUAG